AUGAUUAUUCCUAUCAACCCUAUUAUUUUGUUACUAACCGUAGCAUUGGUUCUUUUUGGUAGAUUUAUCAAUGCAGCUCCUAAAUUAUCCGAAGAUCCAGAGAUUACAAACACAGUUUUUUUUGACAUCACUGAAGGUGAGGAUAAACACAUUGGUAGAAUAACCAUUGGUUUGUUUGGUAAUACAACUUCAAAAACAGCUGAGAAUUUCCUUCAAUUGGCAAUUUCAGAAGAUCCAACCUUAGGUUACAUAAACAGUACCUUCCAUAGAGUUAUUCCCCAAUUCAUGAUCCAAGGUGGCGAUUUCACUCACCAUUCUGGUAUUGGUGGUAAAUCUAUUUAUGGGCCAACUUUUGCUGAUGAGAAUUUCAUUAUUAAGCAUGAUAGACCAGGCAGAUUAAGUAUGGCUAACAGAGGUAGAGAUACCAACGGGUCUCAAUUUUUCUUGACUACCGUUAGCACACCAUGGUUGAAUGGUAAACACGUUGUUUUUGGACAAGUUAUUGAUGGUAUGGAUGUUGUUUCUUAUAUUGAAAAUGUUCCAAGAGAUAGAAGUGACAAGCCAAAAACAAAGAUUUGGAUUAGUAAAUCUGGCGAAUUGAAAAAGGAAACUAGUGAAAACAAGGAAACCAGUGAAAACAAGGAAACUAGUGAAAACAAGGAAACAGCUACUACUGCUGUUGUUCAAGAUGAAUUAUGA